AUGGUCCUCGUUGCGAUGUCGCUGCCCUCGGGGCCUUUCCCUGAACUCGCCUACCCGGUCGUCCCCUUUCCGGUUCUUGCUGUCCUUCUAGUGCCAUGCCUUGUACUACUGGCCAUACGCCUGGCGCCAAAGGGACCGGUCAUCAAAGGCGUACCUGGAUCAUUCGUUGACCUAUAUCUCUGCGGUAUUGGCACCAAGCUUGCCUUUAUCUCCGGCCGCAGUGCAUACCACUUUCAUUCCCUUCAUCAGUCCUACGCCACCACCAACACCGUCAAAGCCCUGCGUCAGAUCUACAGCACCGGCACUGGCAAAGGCGCUGCGUUUUUGAAAACUGGCUUCUACAGAAACAUCUCCCGUCGUAACGUCUUCACCGCGGCAGAUCCAGUGUACCAUGCCUCGGUUCGCAAGCUGUUCGGCCCCUCGUUCACCCCUGGCUCUAUGCAUGUCCACGCCGGUGUCAUCCGCGAGUGCAUCCUUCGCUUGCACGAGGUGAUCCGAGGCAAACUUGAGACGCACAACACUAUUUCGCUGAACGAGCUUCUCUACUGCCACUCGGUAGAUACCGUCUCCGAGGUCCUCCUGGGUAAGCCACUGGGCUGCCUGAAACGCGGGAAGCCCUACUUCUGGACCGAGCAACUGCCGCGUAUCUUCUACUGGGCAACAAUCCGAGACCAGUUCGAGGGCUCCGGCAUCCCAACAGCAAUCAAGUGGCUGCUCCGUCGGAUUCUACGCAAGGGGAUCCGUCUCCGCGCCGAGCAAGCCCGCAUGCGACUCAUCAACGAACAACUGCGCGCAUCACACACCCGCCGCGACAUCAUGGUCGAGGUGAUGGAGCGAUCGGGGGGCAGCGAUCUCCCCGAGGACGAGAUUGCCGAAAAUUUUUCGGCGAUCAUGCUCGCGGGCUUCCACACGACGCAGAACGCCCUCUGUGCGGUCAUUUACCUGGUGCUGACCCACCCGGAGACGCAUGUGAAGCUGGUGCAGGAGUUACAGGCGGCAUUUGCUUCGGCCGAGGAUAUCUCGGGGGAUGUGGCGGCGCAGCUGCCCUAUCUCAAUGCUGUGAUUACGGAGGCGUUGCGCUUGUAUCCGCCUGUGCCAUUGGGUGGUCCGCGUACUGAGAUCUGUACGUCGUUGUUUGCUCUGCAUCACAAUCCGGAGUACUUCAGCUCUCCCUACGAAUUUAUCCCGGAGCGAUGGACUGAGCCUGGAUCGACAGACCAAAAAGAGGCGGUUCAGCCAUUCCUAGUGGGAAGUCGGGCUUGUAUUGCCAAGUACUUUGCCAAACAGAUGCUACAAUUGACUCUGGCCGGCUUCUUCUUAGAGUUUGAGGCCGAGUAUGUGGGCAAGGUCAACGACUGGCAGCGGCAGUCUCGGUGUUAUGCCUUUUGGGAAGUGCCGGACCUCAAGGUGAAACUGAGGAAGCGAUUGGUUGACUGA